AGAGGCCAGAGGCAGCAGGUGGGACUUAGGGCUAAAUACUUCGUCUGGAUUCAGCUUGAGGGGCAUCAUUUCAGGCAGCAAGGACACUCCUCUCCCAUGCCCAGUGUUAGGAGAGAGUGGUCAUUUCCCUAGGAACAAAACCCAGGAAUCGGUCAAAUGCGUGUAUCAGGCACCUAGGAAUAUUGUUAGCACCGUAUGGCUUGCAGCUUGGGUUGGUGCUCAUGGAAAGGAUCACAGCGAAGGCUUAGGCUAAAUGGGAUUAUUCCUAGUAUUUAUUAAAGCCGUUUAUUUUCUGUAUGCUCACUGUUUGCGUAACAACCUGCCUCUGAAGUAGACUGAGCUUUCGAAAGGUUUUAAGUCCUCAGCACCUAACAAUCCCUCAUUAGUACUUUAAUAUUUACCCCCUCUCCCCUUGUCAACGACUUACUGGACAAAUACAUUAUCCCUUAGGCCCCAAACAACUACACAAUGUGGCUUUACAAAACCUAGUAUAAGGCACACUGCCCUAAAGUAGCUACCUUCAUAGAUAAAUGAAUUACUCAAGUCUGCGAGUGAGUGGCCAGCUUGGUUGAGACAGGGCCCACGGGGGGCGGGGCAAAGCUUUGGAGGAGGGAGUAGGCACUUCAAAGAGGGGCAGAAGUGUCUCCUCCGUGUGUGUACCUCUCCUGUGUUCGUUUGAACGACACCAAAACUGUGGGAUCCCUGUUGUUGUAAGCAGAUUUGAAGGUCGGGUGAUAGAGGGCCAUCUGCGGGGUUUGGACUGUCUAUUUUCCUUUUGCAGCCCAGGCUUCCCGCUAGGCAGAUGGAGAUCUCGUCCUAGAACCUCUUUCAACAGCCAGAUUCCCGGGGCACACAGUCUUGCCUCCCCGCCCAGCCCAGUCCUGGCACUCCUGCAAGGAAUCAGAGUUACUGCGCCGUCGAACGCCGAGAACCUCUUCUCUCCCAAGCGCUCCCAGGAGUUAACAUCUCCCGCCGGCUCCUGGGCUCCGCCCCCUCUCCCCUCUCCCCGGUCCUGGCGGGCUUAUCCUGGAGGGGGCGGCCUCAGCAGCAACGCUAGCCCGGGCGGAGCUCCGGCCCGGGCGGAGCUGAGGCUGCAGCGUCCAGCGGCUGGGACCCAACUCGGGCUGUGCAGCCUGCGGGGAGCCCCGCGAGCCCGGUCCGCCCUGGGGCCCACCCCUCCGCAACUCUGCUGGACGGACGGACGGGCCUUUGUGAUGUGGGAUCCUUUCUGUGCCCCUCUCCCCAGCACAUGGUGAUGAGUUUCCGGGUGUCUGAGCUCCAGGUGCUCCUUGGCUUCGCUGGCCGGAACAAGAGCGGACGGAAGCACGAGCUCCUGGCCAAGGCCCUGCACCUCCUCAAGUCCAGCUGUGCCCCCAGCGUCCAGAUGAAGAUCAAAGAACUUUACCGCAGGCGCUUUCCCCGGAAGACCCUGGGCCCCUCCGACCUGUCCCUGCUCUCCUUGCCGCCUGGCACCUCUCCUGUGGGCUCCCCAGGCCCCCUGGCCCCCAUGCCACCCUCCCUCCUCACCCCUGGCACCUUGCUGGGCCCUAAGCGUGAGGUGGACAUGCACCCCCCUCUGCCCCAGCCUGUGCACCCCGACGUCACCAUGAAGCCACUGCCUUUCUAUGAAGUCUAUGGGGAGCUCAUCCGGCCCACCACCCUCGCGUCCACCUCCAGCCAGAGGUUUGAGGAAGCGCACUUUACCUUCGCUCUCACUCCUCAGCAGGUGCAGCAGAUCCUCACAUCCAGGGAGGUUCUACCAGGAGCCAAGUGCGAUUACACCAUACAAGUGCAGCUGAGGUUCUGUCUCUGUGAGACUAGCUGCCCCCAGGAGGACUACUUCCCCCCUAACCUCUUUGUCAAGGUUAAUGGGAAACUCUGCCCCCUGCCGGGUUACCUCCCCCCCACCAAGAACGGAGCUGAGCCCAAGAGACCCAGCCGCCCAAUCAACAUCACAUCCCUGGCUCGGCUCUCAGCCACCGUCCCCAACACCAUCGUGGUUAAUUGGUCAUCUGAGUUUGGACGGAAUUACUCCUUGUCUGUGUACCUGGUGAGGCAGUUGACUGCAGGGACCCUUCUCCAAAAACUCAGAGCAAAGGGGAUCCGGAAUCCGGACCAUUCCCGGGCACUGAUCAAGGAGAAGCUGACCGCUGAUCCUGACAGUGAGGUGGCUACUACAAGUCUCCGGGUGUCACUCAUGUGCCCGCUCGGGAAGAUGCGCCUGACCGUCCCAUGCCGCGCCCUUACCUGCGCUCACCUGCAGAGCUUCGACGCCGCCCUCUAUCUACAGAUGAAUGAGAAGAAGCCAACGUGGACGUGUCCAGUGUGUGAUAAGAAGGCUCCCUAUGAAUCUCUCGUUAUUGACGGUUUAUUCAUGGAAAUUCUUAACUCCUGCUCGGAUUGUGAUGAGAUCCAGUUCAUGGAGGAUGGAUCCUGGUGUCCAAUGAAACCUAAGAAGGAGGCAUCUGAGGUUUGCCCCCCGCCAGGGUAUGGGCUGGAUGGCCUCCAGUAUAGCUCAGUCCAAGAGGGAAAUCCAUCGGAGAAUAAGAAGAAGGUUGAAGUUAUUGACUUGACAAUCGAAAGCUCAUCCGAUGAGGAAGAUCUGCCCCCACCCAAGAAGCACUGUCCUGUCACGGCGGCCGCCAUUCCAGCCCUUCCUGGAGGCAAAGGAGUCCUGACUUCUGGCCACCAGCCAUCUUCGGUGCUGCGGAGCCCUGCCAUGGGCACACUGGGCAGCGAUUUCCUGUCCAGUCUCCCACUACAUGAGUACCCACCUGCCUUCCCACUGGGGGCCGACAUCCAAGGUUUAGAUUUAUUUUCUUUCCUUCAGACUGAGAGUCAGCACUAUGGUCCUUCUGUCAUCACAUCGCUCGAUGAACAGGAAACCCUCGGCCACUUCUUCCAGUACCGGGGAACCCCCUCCCACUUCCUGGGCCCGCUGGCCCCCACACUGGGAAGCGCUCACCGCAGCUCCACUCCAGCGCCCCCUCCUGGCCGUGUCAGCAGUAUUGUGGCCCCUGGGAGUUCCUUGAGGGAAGGGCACGGAGGACCCCUGUCUUCAGGCCCCUCUGUGACUGGCUGUCGGUCAGAUGUCAUUUCCUUGGACUGAGUUACUUGGAUCAUGAAACUCUCAUUGGCCCCCAGCACUGAGCGGAUGUGCUGUGGAGUCCCAACCCCUGGGUACCCUGAUCCCUCAGGGGUCUUGGCCAGAGGCCAGACCAGGCCUUCAUGGAUACCUGCUUUUGGCCUUAUCUCUGCCUAACGAGGCUGGUACUCAAAGGGUUAACAUUUAACCUGUUUUAAAGGGUGUUGGGGUCUGUCUUUGGAAGUGUUCUUCGAUGGUGGCACAUUCCUUGGGGUAUGGUGACCUAGGCGGUGGGAGGCAGAUGGAGGGUUACGGGCUGAGGGAAGAGGGGUUCCUCAGCCUUUACCAGAUCUACAGCCUCUUGGGGAAAAGGCAUGUUCCUGGCCCUCCAGACGCCUUCCCAAACCCAAACGUCUGUCCUUUUCAUGUCCAUUCCGUUCUCUCUGGCCACACAGUCAGGUGGCAGAUCUGAGACAUGAAGCUUCAGAGAUGGACAGAGAACUCUAUUUUGGGUUGCGGAUUUCUUUUUUGUACAUAACUAAGAAAGCCCCAAUUAUCCAAAGAUGACUUCCCCUGCCUUUUCCUUCCCAGUAUGACUUGAGGAGGAAACAAGGUCUUAGUCCUGAUUCCCAGGGGCUCGGGAGCAGGACGUGGCCUGCCUACUGCCUGGGUCUCUCUAUUUAUAUAUUUAAGUUCACAAUGUUUCUUAUGCUAAACAACCAAGGGCCUACGCGUCUAGUGACCUGUGGCCAGGCCUAGAUCAUUCUGCACCUUUUGUGGGCCGUGGAGGCUCUGUGUUCUCCUUCCCACUCCUCAGGCCCCUUUAGGGCCAAGGCCCUAUGUCGUGAUGUUACUUUUUAUCCUCAGAGUUGUAGCAGAGUUCUCACCUACAAUAAAGGUUGUGAAUGUUC